AUGUCCGUGGGGAAAAUAAAAGCGUUCGAGGUUUCGGCGGGCAAUUGGAAUACAUACGUGGAGCGCGUGAAUAUGUAUUUCAAAGCCAACAACAUCAAGGAGGAGUUGCAGUUGCCGACCUUGAUUGCCGUUAUGGGAGAAGAAGCAUAUGAACUCCUCAGCAACUUGACAAGUCCCAAGAAACCAGGAGACAUGAGUUAUGAGGACGUAAUUAAGAUAAUGUCUGAACACAUCGAACCAAAACCAUCUUUCAUGGCGGAACGGUACCGGUUGCGCCAAAGGCGACAGGGAGAUAAGGAGACGGUCGCUCAGUAUCUAACAGAUCUUAAAAAGUUGGCCAAGCAUUGCGAAUUCUCCACAACAUUAGAGGAAAAUCUGCGGGACCAAUUUGUGUGUGGUUUGAAGAAUGACACAAUUAGACAACGCCUUUUCGCUGAGACUAAGUUAACCUAUACUAGGGCCGUACAGCUAGCACUUUCGUUGGAAGCCGCCGAGAAGGACGCAGCAAUGGUAGAACGCCCGAGUGUGAGCGAGAAAGGCGAUGCGCCAGAGAGAGGCGAGACGGUACAUGCGCUCACAUCGUGGCAGCCGCGUGGCGGUAAUGGCGUUAACAAAGUAAUUUGUGCAGUAUGCGGGAGAUAUAAGGAGUUAUUUAGCGGAGGACUUGGGCGGUUUAGUGGUGGAAAAGCGACACUCCGAGUGCGUGAAGGGGCUACGCCGGUGUUCUGCCGCGCACGGCCGCUGCCGUACGCGCUCCGCGACCGCGUCGAGGCGGAGCUGGACGAGAUGCUGCGCUGUGGCGUCAUCGAGCCGGUCGACACGUCGGAGUGGGCCACGCCGCUGGUACCGGUACGUAAAGCUGAUGGGGGCUUGCGAAUCUGUGCAGAUUACAAAGUAACCUUGAACCCCGCCUUACUGAUCGAUAGGAAAGGUGCCAUAUGGAAUUGGAAUGAACGUUGCGAGAAAUCAUUUAAAAGUAUUAAGAAACUAUUAGUGAGCGCCGAAGUGUUAAGUCAUUACGAUCCUAACAAACAGCUGACGCUGACUACUGACGCGAGCAGCCGCGGCAUCUCCGGCGUGCUGACACAACCAGGGGACCGCUCGGACGCGGGCGGCGCGCGUGAACGACUAGAAUUGUACGAAGAGUUAGGAUGCGUCAUGUGGGGUCAUCGGGUGGUAACACCGGAUGGUUGCCGAGAUAGGGUUUUAAGCGUGUUACAUGAGAGUCAUAUGGGAAUCGUAAAGACGAAAGCGUUUGCCCGGAGCUACGUGUGGUGGCCGGGUAUAGACGAGGCGGUGGAGCGCACGUGUCGCGAGUGCAGCGUGUUCGCCGCCGAAGCGGAGGCGCCCGCGCGCCACGCGCCGUGCCCGUGGAGCUGGCCCGCGCGCCAGUGGACGCGGGUACCUCAGCCCGAACCAGUGGAACAUACUGAUGAUGCCAUCUUUGGCCGUGCUGAUACGCCGAUGGCCAUAAGCACGCCGCAGCGCAGUCACCAAGGCCGGCCGUCCACUGCGAGCGGCGCGAGUCCGGGGCUGAGUCGAGCGGCUGACGCGCGGUCCGGAAUACCGCAGGCCUCACCAAAAUAA